AUGCUGUAUUAUUUUGACAGGACAGCUGAGAAGGAGCUGUCAGUAAGAAAAUCGAUCCACUUGAUCUUGCUGAUGCAAGUUGUAGUAAUGACUUGCCCCAGCAGAGUGGACUGGAGAGCACUGGAUGGAACCGGUGGUGUGAUGCAAUACCUACAGGUGGCCAGAAUUUUUAUGGUGGAAAAGAAGGACGGAGGUUCCAGACCAAUUAAUGACCUCAGAGUCCUUAAUAAACGUUUACGGAUUUCAAAGUUCCAUAUGGUCUCACUGCCUUCUGUGAUGGAGCUCAUUACCCCCAAUACGUGGUUCGCAGUUUUAGACCUCAAAGACACCGAGGGUUCUGGGGAAGAUCAGAGCAGACAACACCUCGUGCAUCUUGAUAGCUCCCCUGUGGCCCCAUCAGAUCUGGUUCACGGAACUAGUGCCAGUGGUGAUUUACAUCCCAGUGUAUGUGCCUCUUGCCACACCGACGCAACGUGUCAGCAACAAGAUGGCAAACAUGCCUGUAUCUGUAAUUAUGGAUUUGUGGGUAAUGGAAGGAACCAUUGUCUAGAUAAAGAUGAAUGUCAGAUCGGGACCAGUGAGAUUUGUGGAGAGCAUGCUUCGUGCCAUAAUACCCAUGGAAGUUUUUAUUGCGUUUGCCUUGAAGGCUACAAAGCUUCCAAUAACAACAGUGAAUUUAUCCCUAACGAUGGCACACAUUGUAUAGAUAUCAAUGAAUGUGAGGCAUCGGACAUCUGUGGCCUUGGAGGACUGUGUGUGAACAUUGUGGGAAGCUAUAAGUGCAACUGUGCUGAAGGAUACAGGACAAAAAAUGGAGUUGAAACAUUCCAUCUGCCUACAGAUAGAAUCUCAUGUGAAGUUUUGGAUUGUGGGAGUCCACCUUCUUUUCCAAAUGCAUAUUUGGCUGUUGUCAAUAAAACAACCUAUGGAAACAAAGUCAAAUAUACUUGUCUGCCAGGGUAUGGCAUUGAAAGUGGAAACUGGACUUCAGUUUGUAAUUCCAGAGAACAAUGGGAAGGGGCCAACCUGGUGUGCAAAGAAAUAGAUUGUGGAAAACCAUUGCAGCUUCCAAAUACAGACAUUGUCUGGGAUAACACCACAGCUUUAGGCAGCACAGUAUACUAUAAAUGCAAGAAAGGAUUACAGUCUGUUGGAGAACGUAAUUUUUCACAAUGUACAAUAUCUCAAAAAUGGGAAAACAUUACUUUUGAAUGCAAAGAAGUAUAUUGUGGACGCCCUCCUUUAAUACCUGACUCUGAAAUGAAAUGGGAUAAGACCUCUCAGCUGGGUAGUGUUGUGGAGUACAAAUGCAGCAAAGGUUUCUAUGCCACAAGCCCGAAAACCCUUUCUCACUGUACCCGUCAUGGAUCAUGGGAAUUCCUGGAUCUAAGAUGUAAAAAAAUGCAGGCAUUUAUUGAUUUUGCAGUAAACAAUUCUUGUUUGACGUGGAAGAGGCAUCGUGGAAGUGAAGGUGUGAACGAAACUUACCGACUUACUAUGAGGGUGCUAGGGAGUGCACUUGAAAAACAUGCCAAUGAAUUGAAGAUUAACCUAACCACAGCUGAGGAGGCUGUAAAGAUGUGUUUGCCAUUUCAUCCACACACAAACUACAGUAUAAAAAUCGAAGCGGAAUCCGACAAUUUCGUUUCUAGGUUCUCAUUACUAAAUCCAGUAGCUGAAAAAGCAGUUGUAUUUGGAAACAUCUCCACAUUUAAUGUCACCUGUAUUAAAUGGCAGAGGAAAUCAGGAAGAACACGAUCUGAGGAAACCUAUGUGCUUCAUGCUCGAGGUCUACGCUGGUAUCAGAAGGAAUUCCUUCAUUCUAUGACUCUUAAUUUUGUCAACAAUUCGGAGACUCCAGCACUGUGCCUUAAUUUACGACCAGGCAGCAAUUAUACUGUUAACAUUUCCACAGCAAAUUUGGAUCAUAAUGUCACAGUCUACAUAACAACCCCAAUAACUGAUCCACGAUCCCCAGAAGUGGAAUUCAUAUCAGUUGAAGGUUCUGCACCAGUGUUCACCCUGAGGAAAGCAGAAGAAGCAAAUGGCCCUAUAAGUUCUUACCAAGUGAUUGUCAUCCCCUGGAGCCCAUCAUGCAACUUUAAUUGUUGUUCCUUGACUACCCGAACUUACUUCAGCAAUGGCGCUGACUCUGAUGGGUACGUGGCAGCUGAAUUCCCAGCCAAACUCCUUCCUGACAACGGAUCUGUCUUUACUCUCGGAGACAGACUUUACUACGGGAAAUUUUACAAUGCUCCCUGGAAACAAGGAAAAGAUUAUUGCAUCAUACUGAGGACCAUCAGUGAAUGGGAUGAGGUACGAACUCAAUCCUGCAUACGCUGGGCCCAGAUUAAAGAUGCAUCAUCCAAGCCACAGCAUGUGACUGCUGUUAUGUUAGGGUCAGUUGCUACUCUUUGCUCCAUCCUGUUACUAUCGCUGUUCGCAGCACGGGCAGUGGUACAUGCAUCUCAAGCUGCCCUAGCAAAAAGGAUGUUGUCUGAUGAGGUUCGACUUUUAUCUACCACCAAGCAGAUUGUUAUGCUACCUUCUCCAGUAACCCAGACUUACUCCAGUGUCUGA